AUGACGAGCAUCAAGGUUGCCCUUGUCGGAGCUAGCGGAAAUCUCGGUCCUGCUGUGCUCACAGAGCUGCUUACCGCAGGCUUUGACGUGACUGUCCUCACUAGACAAGGCAAUAACAAAACCUUUGACUCCCGUGCCCAUGUCGCAGAGGUCGACUAUGAGUCCCUCGACUCGCUCAAGGCCGCUCUGUCCGGCCAAGAUGUUGUAGUCAACACUCUAAACGUCGGCGCAGCUCCCAAGUCCACUCACCUACGCUUGGUUGAUGCAGCAGUGGCAACUGGCGUAAAGCGGUUCAUCCCUUCAGAAUACGGCUGCGACACUACGAAUCCCCUCGUUUCCAAAUCGCCUGUCUUUGGCGAUAAGGUUAGCGUUCAGGAACAUCUCAAGAACGUCGCUCAGAAAUCCGACCUCAGCUACUCGCUGCUCAUUACUGGCCCCUUCCUCGACUGGGGUCUUGAGAAGGGCUUUGUGCUCAAUCUUGCUGGUCCAGCUGUACUAUAUGAUGGCGGUGAUCGCCCUUUUAGUUCCACAACUCUCAGUGGCAUUGGCAAGGGAGUUGUUGGAAUCAUUAACAACCUUGAAGCCACUAAGAACUCCACGGUUUAUAUCAAUGAGGCUAGGGUCACACAGAAUGAGCUGUUGGAGUUGUCCGGCAAAAACGUUGAGACGAAGAUUGUUUCCACCACAGACCUGGAACAGGAGGCCUAUGCCGAAUUGGCUAAGCCGGCGCCUAACCCGGGAAUCUUUGCUGGGAAAUUUAUUUUGCGGAGUAUCUUCGGUGAAGGACAUGGCUCUCUUUUCGAUUCUGAGAAGGUCUCUAACGAUUUGUUUGGCUUGAAGACUCUAUCCAAGGAGGAAAUUCGCGGUCUUAUACCCCAGUAA